AUGGUCCAAGAAGCUGACCUUAAGCCGUGGUUGCGGCCGUCGCCCAAGGCGUAUAUCCUCCACAACGCCAACAUUGUGGACGUUGCCCAAGGCUCUAUUCGCAAGUCUGCCACGGUGCAAGUUCAGAAUGGCAGGAUCACAUCAGUCACCUCAGCUGCCGCUCAAGUGCCCGUGCAACCAGGCUUCAUUGUCAUAGAUUGCACAGGUCAAUAUCUGUCUCCUGGUCUGAUCGACUCGCAUGUGCAUUUGGUUGCCGUGCCUGGAUUUAAUGACCUUUCGUCCGCCUUUGGAAACCCAGAGUCUGUCAGUUUGCUCAGACAACCAUAUGUCUGCUCACAGAUGCUGCACCGCGGCUUCACAACAAUACGCGACUGCGGAGGUGCACACUCUGCCAUCAAGGAGGCCAUUGCCGACGGCGUGUUCCCGGGGCCGAGGCUCUUUAUCGCGGGGCACGCACUCAGCCAGUCGGGCGGCCACGCCGACUACCGGAACAAGCACGAUCACUCGGCAUGCUGCGGCGGCGCGACCAACGGUCUGGGUCGCGUGUGCAACGGCGUCGCGCAAUGUAUGCAGGCGGUGCGCGAGGAGAUUCGGUGCGGCAGCGACUUUAUCAAGAUCAUGGGCUCGGGCGGCGUGAGCAGCCCGACGGACAAGAUCGACCACUUGCAGUUCACGGGCGAGGAGAUCCGCGCCAUUGUCGCGUGCGCCCGCAACGCCAAGACGUACGUCACGGCGCACGCCUACACGGCCGAGGCCAUUCGGCACUGCAUCGAGAACGGCGUCAAGGGCAUUGAGCACGGCAACUUUCUCGAUGCCGACACGGCCCGCCUCAUGGUGGAGAAUGGCGUCUACCUGACGCCCACCCUCGUCACCUAUGACCAGAUGGCCUCGGAGAAGUGGACCGGCUAUCUGCCCCCCGAGUCGCAGUCCAAGAAUACCGAGGUCCUCGACGCCGGUCUCAGAGCCCUGCAAAUAGCGCACGAGGCUGGCGUCAAGAUUUGCUUUGGCACUGAUCUGUUGGGGCCAUUGGGCGCCGCUCAGACGCACGAGUUUGCGCUCCGUGCAAAGGUUCUCCCGUCUCUAGAGGUGCUACGCAGCGCCACACUGAAUCCGGCGCGCAUGUUGGGACAAGAGACAAACAUUGGCCAGGUGCAGGAGGGCUUCGAGGCCGAUAUCCUCUUCCUCAGUGCUAACCCGCUGGAGGACGUCACGAUACUGGACCAGCCCGAACAAUUUGUGAGGGGAGUCAUGAAAGAAGGUCGCAUUUACAAGAGCCGGACAGACGCUAUAGUGGAAGAUGCAGCGGUGCCGGUCAAGAUUAAGCCUCUACUGUAG